AUGAGAGUCGCAUAUGCUUUUCGUCCAUUUCCAGCCAACUACAAACCAUCAUGUGAUGCUACUUUACCUGCUGCACCAACUUCAUAUUAUCCUUUACGAACAUCUUCAUCGAUUCCAGCCAUCCAAACACAACAACGACAGUUAUCUAACCUAUACGUCAAUGGUGUUCCAUAUAUAGUUAUUCGUUUAAUUGGCGAAGGACUUCAUAGUCGAGUCUAUGCAGCAUACGAUCCACGAACAAAUCAAUCAGUAGCAAUAAAAGUUGUUAAAAAUGUGGAUCCUGCUGAUAGUCAUGAACAUUCGAAAAUGUUUUUUAAAGAGAUACGUUAUUUGACAAAAUUACAAACCCGUAAUCCAUAUGUUAUUCGAGUUUAUAAUCAUGAAUAUGAUAGCAAAACACAAACGGGUAAAAUUGUUAUGGAAAGUGGACAUGAUUUUCGGUUUAUGUUACCAUUACAAGCAUCGCCGAAAGAAAAACAAAUGACAAUAGCACAAGCAAAAUUUUAUUGGUCACAAAUGGUGGACGCUGUUGCGAAACUUCAUCGAAAUGGAAUUGUUCAUUCAGAUAUCAAACCGGAAAAUUUCAUUAUGACCCCUGAAGGACAAAUUCGUGUCAUCGAUUUAGGUCUAUCUUUUCGUAUGUCACAUACACAAUCAUCAAUAUUAAGACCAUUUGCAGGUACACCUGAAUAUAUGCCACCAGAAGUAUGUCAAAUUGAAAAUGGUCAUUAUUCUCGUCAAGGUCGAGCAUCAGAUAUUUGGGCACUUGGUGUACUUCUUUUUGAAAUGAUUUUUGGCUAUCGGCCAUUUGAACAUAUUCAUGAUAAUUUUGAUAAAAUGACUCAUAUUGCUCGAUUAACAGACACUCCAAUCAUUCCAUCUAUCAAUAAUCCUCAUGUACGUGAUAUUAUAAAACAAUGUUUACAAAUAAAUCCAGCUCGACGCCCUACUGCUCAGCAAAUUUUACAACAUCCUUUUUUUACUUUUUAA